ACUGAGUUCUGAAGUAUAAAAGAAGUAUGAUACAAUGGAGAUCACAUCGCAGGUACACAAUCUAUUCAUGAUGAAGGUUCUUCUUUUUUGUCUCAUGGCAGCGUCUGCCUCUGCGGCUCCGUCCACCAUACCUCGCUUCAGGAGAGGCCAGAACAAGAUUGUUGGCGGCACCGACGUCGCACCAGGGGAAAUUCCCUACCAACUGAGCUUCCAGGAGGUAACAUUUGCUAGCUUCUUCCACUUCUGCGGCGCUUCCAUCUACUCCGAAAAUUGGAUGAUCUGUGCCGGUCACUGUGUAUAUGAUUACGAUAUCGACAACCCAACAAACUUACAGAUCGUGGCUGGAGAGAAUAAAAUGUAUACCCAUGAAGGAACUGAACAAAACAGGGACAUCAUAAAAAUCAUAUUGCACGAGAAAUAUGAUCCUUUUACAGUCGAGAACGACAUCUCUUUGCUAAAGGUAGCCGCACCUUUGGUAUUCAAUGACUACGUCCAACCCGCCAAACUGCCUGAGCUGCACCAAGAGUUCGAAGGGAAUGCAAUAGUCUCAGGAUGGGGUAGGAUGUCAGAAUGGGGGAAUCUUCCCAGUGUUCUACAGAAAGUCACAGUUCCUAUUGUCAGUGACGAAGAUUGCAAAAAAGAUUACGGCGAAUUAGCCCUUGUGAAGGACUCCAUGAUGUGCGCUGGUGAAGAAGGUAAAGAUUCCUGUCAGGGAGACUCAGGCGGUCCCAUGACUUGCGACGGAUACCUCUGUGGGGUGGUGUCUUGGGGCCGUGGAUGCGCCGAGGCUGGAUACCCGGGGGUCUACACACAAGUGUCUUAUUUUGUUGACUGGAUUAAAGCCAAUUCUGCCUAAUCAAAAUGUGACAAUGUUGGUAUGGCACCGGCACAUCAGACUCAAUUCGUUGACAGAGAUUAGCUAUUUUUUUUGUAGUUACGCUUUUCACACAUCUGUUCUGGAGUCCGGAGUACAAAUAUUAAAAUUCGAACGACA